AUGGCCAAGGUUCAAGUAUCUCCCUUCCGUCUCGCCCUCCUCCAGCUCGGCGGUCUCACAUCCUCCAAAUCCUCCAAUAUCGCCUCUGCCCGCUCUGCCGUCGCUGCCGCCGCCGCCUCCCACCCUAAACCCCAGCUUAUCGUCUUGCCCGAGAUCUGGAACAGCCCGUAUGCUGUCAGCAGCUUUAGGGAAUACAGCGAGAGGGUGCCAGAGGUGGGCAGCAAGUGGAGUGAAGAGGUGAAGGAGGGAGGGGAGGGAGAGACUGUCAGAGCUCUGAGGGAGAUGGCUAGGAGUAGCGGGUGUUGGUUGAUUGGCGGAUCCAUCCCUGAGAAGGAUGACAAGACCGACAACAUCUACAACACAUGCACCGUCUACGAUCCCGAAGGAACCCUUGUGGCGACUCACUCGAAGGUGCAUCUGUUUGAUAUCGAUAUUCCCGGCAAGCAGACCUUCAAGGAAUCAGACACUCUUACAGGCGGUUCCCAUCUUACCACAUUCACCACCCCCUUCGGCAAGAUUGGUCUUGGUAUCUGCUAUGACAUUCGAUUCCCCGAGAUGACCAUGAUCGCUGCCCGUCAAGGUUGCAUUGCCAUGAUCUACCCUGCAGCUUUCAACACCACCACUGGCCCCAUGCACUGGACUCUUCUGCAGCGUGCUCGCGCUGUGGACAACCAGAUCUAUGUUGCCAUGUGUUCACCGGCCAGGCAUCCUGAUGCUGCUUACCAAGCCUAUGGUCACUCGAGUGUUGUCAACCCCGUUGGAGAUGUCGUCGUCGAAGCCGGCCAUGAGCCCGAGACUUUGUAUGCUGAUAUCGGCAACGAUGCAGACCCAGAGCAGCUCGCGACCACCCGAAGGAACAUUCCUGUUACUUUGCAGAGGAGGUUCGAUGUCUACCCUGAUGUCGCUGCUGGUAAAGAAUAG